AUGAGCGCGAAUGAGCCGACGGCGCACUCGGCGGCCGAAGAUCUUUCGGACAGGAGUAACAGCAGUAAUUCGGAGAGUCAACUUCACGCAUUUAAGGAAUACGGAAAAAUUAAGGAGCUGAACCUGUCACUGAACAAGGCGAAAGAAUCACAGCCAAAUAAAUCAAAGGAAUUUAGUUUCAACUUGGAAGGCGGUCGACGGCACGGAAUUUCAUUCGGGAGUUUGGCCGCUGAGAGAUUGACGAAGGACCUAUCCGUGGCGCUGGAUAAACCGAAAGAGUUUGACUUCCAGCCUGAGAAGAUCAAGGACCUGUCCAGCUACUCGUUGGACAGGUCCGAGGACACCGACGCAUCGCUGGACACGACGAAGGAGUACACGCAGAACUUGAGCAGACCGAAGGAAUGCAAGGACGUCAUAUACAGUUUCGACGGGAUAAAGGAUAUCCACUUCCCGAGGGAGAGCAGAGACGGCAGAACGAAAAAUAUCCACUUUCCCUUGGAAAGGAGCAAAGAUAUGAACUUCCAAAAGGCGUACAGCAACCCCCCCGACAGAAUAAAGGACUUCAACUUCGCCCUGGACCGAAUGCGAGACACACACGUCGGCGGACUCGCUCUGGAACGGCUCCGCGGCGGUUCUUUCCUCGAUGCCGCUGACUACAGAAGUUCCCAAAUUCAGCCCAGGGACGAACUCGAGGCGAUGGCGAUCGAAAGGAUGCGUCGUUCCCAUAUACUCACCUCGGAUAUCACACCUCGGAAUUUACCGGCCCUUCUUCCUCAUCAGCACUCGAUUACCGAGAUGCAGCAUUCGCAGCAGCAGCAGCAGCUACAGGGAAAGUCGUUCACGAUCGACUCCAUUCUUGGACUUCGGAAUAACCAGCGGGAGAAAUCGCAGCGAAGCCAGCAACACCCGUACAGAAGACAUCAAGGGCAGGAAACCUCCGCGAAAAACGGAUCUUCGGGGUCUGGCUCAGUCAACAGUGGAAAGCUGAAGAGGGUGCGAACCAUCUUCACGGCCGAGCAGCUGGAGCGUCUUGAGGGCGAAUUUGCCAGACAACAGUACAUGGUUGGACCUGAGCGGCUUUACCUUGCACACGCGUUAAAAUUGACAGAGGCGCAAGUGAAGGUCUGGUUUCAGAACCGACGUAUAAAGUGGAGGAAACUGCACCACGAGCAACAAAGCCAACGCCUUCACGAGCUUCACUCACAUUUCUCGCCGGAACAGGAAGUCGAGGAUAGCAACGAAAAUACCGACUGCCAAGACGCUUUUAAGCCAGAUUGUCCCAGGGCAUUAUUCGGGCAGAAUUUUCACGGAGAGGUUGAAAAUAACCGUGCAUCGAACACGUAGAAUAUAUAAAUUUCACGAACUCGGUUUAAUAACGAAUUACCAAAGGCACGACAUCCAAGUUGGCGGACGCCUAGAGAUUAUUUUAUGAAAGAAAAGUGUGACUGGUAUUUCACAUGGUGUAGUGAUCGGAAGAUUGCAAGUGAUUCGCUUAUACCUAUGGAAAUUGUGUGUGUGUACAAAGUAGGAGGCUAAAGUUUUUUCCAAUUAUUAGUGUGCGGACUUGAAAUGUACAGCGGACAUUUCGCGGUAAAUUUGUAAAUACACUUUAAAUCCAAGUUUGUAAAAAGCCCACGUACGAACGUACGAUACAUAUUUCAUUCGCGACGAACAUCGGUUCGUGCAGUAUAGACGUGUGGCAUAAUUCGUGACGCAUUUUCACUUGAAGAAUCCACCAUAACGUAUUAGAAGAAACAAAGAUAUCAAAUUUCAAACUCAUAAGGGUGUGAUAAAUACGUUCACACCCCUCCGUAAAUGAAAAUCACAUUAAUCUGAGGGUUGAAAAGAAACUAAUCAACGCAUCGCGAAUAAUUCGUGUCAGCUGUAACGGACAGGAAAAGAGUACCAAGAAGUACGAUUGCUCGUAUCUAUUCAGAACCCAAUUAAGCUCCCAAUUGGAUCGGUGACGGGCAUUUAAUCGAUACCUCCGCGUAUCUAAAUUCGCUCAAGAUAGCGUGCAGGAGAUUGAAAACCGUCGUAUCCAACCCCUCUGAAACCCUGGACACGAUCAGCGAGCACACGGAACCGUCACCGGUGCCAUCAACGACCAUGGACCAAGUUGAUCUCGACGCACAAUCUCCGACGAAUAAAUUGCGCAGAGGAAGGCACGCCGCUUCGUACUGGCCACUCUGGGCCUCGAGAGUACCAGCCGACGGAACCGGUGCCAGUGAUUCCUAUUGGAAGGCCAAUCCUCGAGCAACGCAUUCCGUUCCGCGUGGUCACGAGCAGAGGAGGCAAGAGUACCGGACUACGGAGCCGGUGACGAGCUGCUACUCGGCUUCGAACACCUACAGACCGAGACAUCGAACUCAAACCCCUGUACCACCGAAGCCACCACACGUCGCCACUUCGGAUCAAACUUACAGGGUCUCUCAGCACAGCUCGCGAACA